UUGUUUUUUUUUAUAGUGAGGGUUCAAGAAAAGACUCUUAAAAAGGAAUAUGAAAAGUCAGAAAAUGAUUUCAAGGCCUUGCAGAGCGUCGGGCAAAUCGUCGGCGAGGUGCUAAAGCAGCUUUCAGAGGAGAAAUAUAUCGUGAAAGCGACCAAUGGUCCUCGGUACGUUGUCGGUUGCCGAAGAACCAUUGACAAGGCGAAGCUUGUUCAGGGCACCCGUGUGGCCCUAGAUAUGACCACUCUGACGAUUAUGCGUCAUCUACCGCGCGAAGUCGACCCGUUGGUGUACAACAUGUCUCACGAGGACCCUGGCGAUGUCACCUAUUCGAGCGUUGGUGGUCUGGCUGACCAGAUCAGGGAGUUACGAGAGGUUGUGGAGUUACCUCUCAUAAACCCGGGUCUGUUUCGACGUGUUGGAGUUACACCGCCGAAGGGUUGUUUGCUUUACGGGCCACCGGGCACCGGCAAAACGCUUCUUGCUCGAGCAGUGGCCAGUCAGUUGGACUGCAAUUUCCUGAAGUACAUAGGUGAAAGCGCUCGCAUGAUCCGUGAGAUGUUCAACUAUGCAAGAGACCAUCAGCCAUGCAUCAUUUUCAUGGACGAGAUCGACGCUAUCGGUGGUCGGCGUUUCUCCGAGGGCACAUCAGCCGAUAGGGAAAUCCAACGAACCUUGAUGGAGCUGUUGAAUCAGAUGGAUGGUUUCGACGCUCUAGGACAGGUGAAAAUUAUCAUGGCCACCAACAGACCUGAUACUUUGGAUCCUGCGUUGUUACGGCCCGGUCGUUUGGAUAGAAAAAUUGAGAUUCCGCUUCCAAACGAGCAGGCGAGACUGGAGAUUUUGAAGAUCCACGCCAGUCCUAUCACGAAACAUGGCGACAUCGACUACGAGGCGAUCGUCAAGCUCUCGGACGGUUUCAGUGGUGCCGAUUUACGAAACGUGUGCACCGAAGCAGGUCUUUUCGCCAUUCGUGCCGAACGGGAGUACGUCAUCGAGGAAGAUUUCAUGAAGGCGGUUAGAAAAGUGGGCGACGCGAAAAAGUUGGAAACGAAACUAGACUACAAACCGCUUUAA